AUGUUGAGAAAAAGCAAAGGACCGAUAAUACAAGUUGAUCGUCUCGUAUUUGAUACAAGAAAUAAAACGAAACAAUAUUCAAUUAUUUCAGAUGUGUCUCAUUCAUCAGCUAUGUUAAGUUUACCGUCGAAUUUAUCAAAUAAAAAAACUCAAGAAGAGAUAUCUACUGAAUCUUAUGUUUCAUUUCCUUCAAAUAAAUUAAAAGUAAUUCGUUUAACACUUGAUGAUAUAAAUCAUGAAAAAAAAAUAUAUUCAAACAAUCAACAAUCAUCAUUAAUAUUAGAAGAAAAAAUGAAAAAGAAGGAUGAAACAAUUUUUUCACCAGUUUAUGAAUCAAUCGAUGAAAAACGGGAUACAAUUAAUCGUAAUGAAAAAAAUAAAUAUAUUAAUAAUGAUCAAUUUGAAAUACUUUAA